AUGCUUGGAGAUCUUUCAAACGAAAUUUUAUUAAUUACAUUCGAGCAUUUGCCAAUAACUGCUCGUAUCUUAUCAUUUUAUAACUUGAAGAGUCGACUAAACUCUCUUAUCGAGGAUCCAGAUACUAAAAUUGAUUUAGAUUUAUCUGUGUUAACAAAGCAUGAAUUCGAUUUUUGUUGUUCAAUCGGUCUACCAAUCAUUGUUCAUACUCAUAUAAAAUCGUUAACUUUAUCAAAUGAGAGAACAUUUGGUGCUGUCGAAUUAUUGUUAUCAAUGUAUGAUAUUGAACAUAUUUUUACUAAAUUAACACGAUUAAAAUUGUUUAAACUAAUUUUACCAACACCAUCUCAGCUGGAACGAAUUCAAAAUAAAUUAAAAUAUUUGACACAACUUUCAUAUUUUCUAAUCAAAACAAAUGCAUUAUAUAAUUAUACAGAUAUUCAACAUAUAAUUCGUACAACAAUAUUUUCAAAUUCAUGUAAUGAAUCCCAAUUAAUACAAUUUACCAGUUUAAAAUUAACACAUUUGAUAUUAACAAUUGGUCUUUUAAAUUUUGAAUUUAUUGAAUGGUUAUUGAAACAAUGUUUACAGUUACAGUAUCUAUCGUUGACGUUCAAUGGUAAAGGAAAAUUAAUCGAUGGUAAACAGUAUGAAAAGUUGCUAAUAUCACUGUCAGAAUUAAAAAGAGUUCAUUUUGAUAUAAUUAAUGAUCAUAUUAGCUAUACUAGAGAAGAACUAAACAUCUUUGCUUUUUCAUUUCAAACUCGAUUUUGGAUUGAACAUGAAUGGUUUAUUCAAUGUGAUCAUGAUAGAAUUAAUUCAACAUUACAUUAUUACAGUCGACCACUUAAAAAACAAUAUAUACUACCUGUUUAUCUAUGGAAACGUUAA